UAAGCAGGAAAUGAGUGUUUGAAUGUCAUCAGCUGCAAAAGCACGCAUGAAUGUGAUAUGGAAUCAUCUAUUUUAUGACCAUUGAAUGUAAUUUAUGAAAACACGGCAUUGAUGUCGACGUAUGCACAUGGCUUGUUAUUUCAGAAGAAGUAUUGCAUCGAAGCUCUCUAGGGCUUUGGGACGGUCUGAAGAUGCCUUCAUUUCAGCUCUCUGUGCUAUCCCAGUCUCCAAAAAACAGCAAUCCCCAGAUUUCCGGCUGUCAGUCAACACUCUACUGAGGAAUGGGAUCCUGCCAACUAAUGGAGACCUCCAGGCACAGACAGAGGCUCUGGCCAGUCAGUUAAAGCAAGACAGUGUGGUGGAAGAAAUAUUUGCUGGACGGGGAGUGAUACACUUUAGAGUUAGUCGGAAUCUGUUAGUACAGAAAGUUUUAGAGCAGUUGUGCCAAGAACGUCACAAAUUUGGUGUGAAAAGUGAACUUUUCGAUGGCCUCAAAAAAGGAACAACUGUGGUGGAGUUUAGUUCUCCAAAUAUUGCCAAGAAGUUUCACGCUGGACAUCUGCGUUCCACCAUUAUUGGUAACUUCAUUGCCAACCUGAAAGAAUCCUUGGGAAAUAAUGUCAUUAGAGUGAAUUACCUAGGAGAUUGGGGCAUGCAGUUUGGUUUGCUGGGAGCUGGCUUUCAGCUCUUUGGGUGUCAGGAGAAAUUGAAAAAGAAUCCCUUACAACACCUAUUUGAUGUUUACGUUCAGGUGAACAAGGAGGCGGAGAACAAUGAGGUCAUAGGACAGGCGGCCAGAGAGUUCUUUAGACGGCUGGAACAGCAGGAACACCAGGCCUUGUUACUAUGGAAACAGUUUAGAGAGAUCACAGUGGAGGAGUACCAACAAGUCUAUAAGCGCUUAGGGGUUCACUUUGACAUCUACUCUGGAGAGUCUUUUCACCAACAACAAGCCCAGGAGGUGGUGCAGCAGCUACAGAGACGAGGCCUGCUGAAAACCACAGAGAAGGGGACAGGCGUGGUGGAUCUCUCUUCAGCUGGAGACAUGUCCAGCUACUCCACAGUACUACGCAGUGAUGGGACAUCUCUCUAUAUCACCAGAGAUCUUGCUGCAGCCAUAGAUCGAAAGGAAAGGUACAAUUUCGAUGAGAUGAUCUAUGUGACAGACAAAAGUCAAGGGAUUCAUUUCCAGCAGCUGUUCCAGAUCCUCUUGGCUAUGGGACACUCGUGGGCUGAGAGGUGUCAGCAUGUGCCGUUUGGCCUGGUGCAGGGUAUGAAGACGAGGCUAGGAGAGGUGGUUUUCCUGGAAGACGUCCUGGAUGAAGCCCGGGCUAGGAUGCUCAGGAACAUGAGCCAGUCCAAGACCACCAAGGAAAUGGUGUAUCCAGAAGACACAGCUGAGAAAGUGGGGAUCAGCGCACUCAUAGUUCAGGUGAACAAAUUUGACCCAACCUUAAAGAAUAUGACAUACCAACCAAACAUCCUAUUCUUCAAACUUACCUACCUGCUGUAUGAAACGAAGAACAAACAAAGGGACUUUAAAGGGCCUCUAGGAUCAGACUACAAGUUUGACUGGGACAGGAUCCUCCAGGCCCAAGGUGAUACAGGGGUGUUUCUACAGUACACACAUGCCAGACUCUGUAGUUUAAUACAUCGCUAUGGCGACGGAGAGGAAGGUGCCUUUGACCCGUCACUUCUUCUAGAUCAGAGGAGUAUUUCGAUACUCCAGCACCUCCUUCGCUAUGACGAAGUUCUAUACCAGUCUGUACAGGAUCUGCAGCCAAAACAUCUCGUCAACUUCCUUAUGACACUGAGUCACCUGGCUGCGUCAGCACACAGGGAGCUGCCAGUGAAGGGAAGCCCUCAAGCUGUUGCACAGGCUAGGCUGCGGCUCUUCGGUGGUGUCUGCACGGUAUUGGCCAACGGAAUGAAAAUAUUAGGCAUCACACCAGUCGAGAAAAUGUGACCAAUCAACGCCUGCUUGAUCAAUGUUCCUGUGUAUGUAACUACUGUUAUUGAAUUAAUGUAAAUAAAUGUUGUCUUGAUUUAACACUUC